AUGGGCCUGGAAGGCUUUUUGGCAGAACGUAACUUGGAUCUUGCAUCCCUCCUAGAGAGAGUACAGGCAAGGGGGGGACACAGCAAACAAGUUUACGCACGUCGCCGCUGCGGAUUUCUUGCUAUUCUAACGUGGCUAUCUGGAUACUUGGCAGGCAAUACAACUGGGAGCGCCAGACAACGUGAGCGAAGGGCUCAGCGUAUAAGGCGGCGAAGGGAGGAUUUGGAAGCGCCCAACGCUCGACCUGAGCGAGGAGAACAGCUUCUUGAAUGGUCUACUGACGAAGAGGAGGCAACUCCCCGUCAGCGUCGUGCAGCUGUCCCGAAGGAACGGGCAUUUUCACCUCCUGCGUCUGCCGCUGCUGCUCCAUCUUCAACUUCAUCUGGUGUUGCAGCCAUUCCGACGGAGCCAGCUCAUUUAGGCUUGGUUGCCGGUGUACCGGUGUACUCAUUGGAUUGGCCCGUGGAGCAUUCUUACGACCUUCGCACAUUUGCUGAACAGCUGCUGCGUAACGUCAACAUUUCCCAGUCGCAAUCGGUAAGUCUGGUAUCGCUUGAUCAGCACAAAGUGCUUGACGCCGUCGACAUUGCACAGGCUCGAUCCAUAUUCAGCCUGCUUGGGGAUUUGCACGACGCGGCAUUGCUGGUGUGUUCCUACGCUCCAGAGGGCUCUGGCAACAGGAGCAAGACAUAUAACUUUGUUCAAAGCGUGUCUCGCUAUACUGCUCAGUCUGUGAGCUUGGUCCACACCUCGGCUAAGAUAUUCGGGCCUAGGGCCAAAGCAGCCUUUUUGGACGCGUUGUUUACGGAAGCUGGGAAUAUUUUGGAUCCCCUUCCCUUAACGAUUUGGCACUUCGACGACUCAGGGGACAUUGUGCAAGCCAUUGAGCGCCUGGGUAACUCUCGCAUUCGUGCUCGACAGUGGGACGGCUCUCACUCACAGCGGUACUCCUUGCUAGAGCACAUCCGGUUCGAGCUCGGCGUAACACUCCUACCUCGCGACAUGGUUCACAAGCUUCUAAUCCAGCGAUAUUCAGCAUUGGCGAGUCGUCCACUGGAAGUGCUAGGAAUCCUUCUCCAGCAUCUGUCCAUCUACAUCAAACCAAUCAACAGCUCAACAUUGGCGCUGACCCGAUACAGCCCGGCACACUUGACGACGUUCAAGGAGCGUGUAGAAUACAUGCUGAAUGGGAUGUUGGAGUCUGAGUGGCCUAGCGAGGAGACUUUAUUUCAGUUCGCGUAUGGUCGCCUGAAACCGUAUCGUGGUCUAGCUAGGGUCAUUGAGCGAAUCAAGGAAUCACCGAAAGGUUCGCCAAAGCGAUCUUUUAGCUGGAUUUGGUCGAAGCUGACCGAGCAUCUCCACGAACUCAAAGAGGAUCAGAACGAACAGUCCAUUCGGGAGGCCCUCCUAGGCAAAACAACCAAGCCACAGGAGAAAGCCACGCCAGCAAAGCCGCCAGCAAAGGCAGGUGCUAAAGCGACAAUUCCGUGCAAGUUUUAUGCACAAGGCAAUUGCAAUCGCGGCACAGCAUGUCCAUUCUCCCACGAGGCACCCAAGGCUGGGCCGCCAAAGGCGAAGCCCACUGCAGCUAAUACUAAGGCUAAUGCCGCAGCGACAGUUGCACUUGUGUUGCCGAGUAGCGCCAAAGCACAUUCCCCCAGUAAAGCUUCCACAGUCAAGCAUGGGUGGUUUGCGCGCGCCUUUCGUGUGCUGUGUUCCUACUUCUCUUGUGUGUCACCUGAGUUGGCAUGCCCUGCAACUGUCACAUCCACUGUAACGGUUGCAGCAAACGUCAUGUCUGGAGCUCCAUACUUCCAUGAGUUCAUUGCUGAUUCAGGAGCAGGUCGAUCACUCGAGUCUCGCUCGUCGUUGAUUGAUCAGGGUAUUCCAGGGACUGAGUUCAGCCAGAAAGUGAGGGAUGAUGACAAAGUUGUUUUCUCCACAGGCAAUGGAAAGGUGACUUCUUCCAAGUCCCUUGGGUUCGAUGGUGAAACGUUUGGUUCAUGGAAAUCAUAUGUCCUAGACUCCUGUCCAAGUGUUCGGAGUAUGGGUGAGAUUGUUGAGCUUCAGGGCCUUCCGUUUGUUUGGAUACCAGGACAAAUGCCCGCCUUCCUACAACCUGGCACCGAAGUUCACUUCGAUGAAUCAUCUGCUCAUUUUGCUUGCCGACUUGAAGGGUUCGUGCCGAUCUUUCGGGAUCGUGUGCGAUUCGCACUGCCUGCAUCUCAACAUGCUUCUUCGUCUAAAGAUGUGCCCGAUGGUGAGGUUGUAGCUCCGGGUGAUACGGCAUUUGAGCCGGUCCCCGAUGAUGAUGCGCCUGCUGUUGAUGGUCCUGAGGAUGAAGAAGUUAUUCGAGACGAAUUCUCGGGUCUACUGCGGGCUUAUGUAGGCAAGCGGACUGCCGAGAAUGCUGCGCGUAAUCUUCUGCAGUUCGUCGGAGCCGCAGCCUCGGACACACCAAACGUUCUUGUGAAAACGGAUUGUGAUCGUUCUCUUACAUCAGCAAUAUCACAAGUUGGUUGGGCACAGGAGCCAUCGCUCCAGAAUCGAUGGCCUCACAACUCACAGCUUGAGCGGCACAUUCGUACUCUAGAAGAAACCACCCGAGCAUCACAUUUAGGAGCCGGGUUUCACCUUCUUCAGGGCUUAUGGCCGGUUUCGGUUGCGUACGCGGCUAAUGCUUUGAACAUCGUGAAAUGGAAAGGUGAAACAACCUUUUACGAACUGGCCACUGGUACACCUUUUGGUGGGCCUAGGCUAGCGUUAGGUCGCCUUGUGCACUACCGUGUUCACGAUGCCUCAAAACGUGAAAAGUUUGAUGCCAGUACGUUGCCAGGUGUGUUUGCCGGCUGGAAAUUGGAUGCUGCGUCUGUCUACAAAGGUGUUGUGUAUGUCUUAGACUACAACAAACUUCGGAGUAAGGCUAUCGGGUUUGAGUUUCCAGUAGCUGUGCCCUUUGAGGAAGUGUUUGUUCCGGACGAAGAAACAUUUCCGAUGCGAGUCGCCGCUGACCGCGCGCUUGCUGAAUUCAAGGAGGCGGCACUGGAUGAGAUCACAGCUCUGGAUAUUCCAUUUUCGGAGAUCACUUGUAGUCGUGAGGCAAUUCGUAAACGAAACGAAUACAUAACGCUUGACCGGGUGAUCAAGUUUGGACCUACUCCGGGCUGCGGCGCAUGUGCGUUUGAAACCAAGACGCACACACCCGUCUGCCGAGCACGGUUCAACGCCCUCGUCAAGGCGGACCGCAUCUCGAAACCAUCGAAGCCGCCCGUGCCCGUUGCUGACGAUGACAAAAGCAAGGAUGAUGGUACGGCAGUGCCGCCGGCCACAUCUGAACGUGUCGAGUUUGAAGAACUUUUCGGGGAUCAGCUUCCCGAGAAUUAUGCUCCUAAAGACACAUCACUUGGUAACAAAGAAGCUGUUUCAGAAGUGCCGGAUGACUGCCUUGAGUAUUCGCCCAGCGAAGCAGAAGAUGAAGGAUCAACUCAUGCAGCUGUCAUUUUGCAAAUCGAUGACGACUUCAAGCAAUCAAACAUCGAUCGGAAUCGUUGUCGUAGAACUAGCUUCGUCAACCAAGUCUUGUUUGAGUACCCAAGCAGUCUUGACUCACAAGUUGGUGUUGUGGCGGAGCAGUCACACAUCACAUGUGUUCGUCUCGACCGCGACCUUCUUGAUUUAUCCAGCCAAGAAGACGUCGACCAGUUGUUAGGCCAAGUUGAGGCACUACCGGGUUGUGAUGUUUGGGCAACCAUGCCUGACACACACCGUUGUGCUGCACAAGGGCCGAAGGAGAAAAAGCCUGAUGCAUCAACCAAAAGCAAGCGUGCAAAACAGCGUCACCAAGAGCAGAAGAUGCUUGAGCUCGCGCUGCCGGUUUUCCAAAAAUGCAUCGACAACUUUGGUCGCCUUUCUGUUGAAUGGCCAAAGGGUUCAGAACUUCAGAACCUCCCAAUCUGGUUGGAAUUCGAGAAAAAGAACGUGAUGAGAAGGGUUGUUUGUCAUGGAUGUAUGUUUGGGGCUUGCGGAAAGCACUAUCCUGUCAAGCUACCAUUGGUCGUUAGCACUAACUGCAUCAGAACAUUGGAAACAUUGUCGCAGUACCAGUGUGACCAAUCACACGUUCAUGAGACUGUCGUUGUGCAGACAACCUCCCACUCGUCUAAGAUGGCAAAGGCUAUCAUCGAGUCGUAUUACCCCAACAAGCUUCACACCUUCGCUCCCAAUCACUCGCAUGCAUUCGUCACACGCAAUCUUUCCAGGAAAGAAUGGACCGCGAACCCAAAAGCUGUCGAAGCUGUGAAAGCCGAAGCAGCGGGCUUACGGAACAACGAGACCUGGGACGAUAGCACCGCGCGUUUGCUAGGUGAUUUAAAGCGGGAAGCGCGUCAGACAAACAGGAAUGUCAAGAUUGCAGACAUCUUGACACUGUGCGGGGAAAAGUUCUCCGAACUGCCCGAGGAAUUUCGUAAGUUCAAGGGCAGAGUUGUCUAUCGCGGGGAUAAGAUAUACGACGAACUUGGCAACCUGGUGCAGUUCACCGACACUGCCACUAACCCUACUGCCAUCACCGCUUUGAAUGUUGCCCUGUGGUUUGCUUGCAUGCCUGGCAACACAGCUUCAUCCAGCGAUGCCAUUCAGGCUUUUCUCCAGUCAGUCCUACCUGAGGAAACUUGGGUGGCACUGCCACCCGAGUUGUGGCUGGAAGAGUGGCAUCAGCGGUUCAAGAAGGGUGAUCGGGUAGUGGUCAGACUCCGCAAAUCGCUCUACGGCCAUCCGUUGGCUGGCAAGCUUUGGGAGGAACGCCUCGCCUCCAAGCUGCGCGAAUUAGGCGGUAAGGAACUGCAAUCAUACCCGUCCAACUGGGUAUUUACCCGAAAGGGCCAAGUUCUACUGUUGUGCAUCUACGUAGAUGACCUGGUUCUAGCAGGACCGACGGGAUUGCACGAUGACUUCUGGAAGGAGUUGGGGUCGUUGGUUAAGCUUGAUCUGCCCACGUUCAUUGAGCAGCAGGGUCUUAGGAUCAUCGGUCGUCAUCAUUCAUGCGUUGUGUGUGAGCAAUUCACGCAGAUGACUUUUGCUAUGGACUCUUUUGCCAAGCAGGCCGUUGAUUUCUAUUGUGAGCUGACUCAGACUGAGCGUAAGCAACUUAAGCCUGUCCCCACCCCCAGCCUAAAUGAAGCGUCGUUUUCCGAUCAGGAUUUUGAAGAACAGGGCCACCUGCAUCAAGAUGCCGCAAAAAUCCUUAUGAAGACGCUCUGGCUAGCGCGGUUGAAUCGUCCCGAUUUGAGUUUCAUUGUAGCGCGUCUCGCUACGAAGAUAUCUCGAUGGACACGAGCAGGCGACAAACAGCUCUUCCGCCUAAUGUCUUACUUAUGUCAUACACCGUCAUUGAAUUUGGUCGGUAGAGUAGGUAAGCAGGGUGAGGUUUCUGUAGCUGUGUAUACCGACGCUGACUUCGGCGCCUGUCCGGUAUCAGCAAAGAGCACCUCCGGGGUUUUCUUGACCAUAAACACUGGCGAGUAUAGGUUCCCGAUUUUGUGGUACAGUAAGAAACAGUCCUCCGUAGCAAGGUCCACUCCUGAGGCCGAGGCCAUUUCGAUGGCCUCCGCGCUUUUCGGUGAAACUCUAAAUGUUCAAGAGACCGUUUCCUUACUACUGCAGCAAUCAAUUCCGGCAGUCUUUGAACAGGACAACGAAGCCCUGAUCAAGAUACUGAAAGCAGGGUAUUCUGCAAAGCUCCGACACAUGGGUCGGGUGCACCGGAUAAACGUGGCCUCCAUGGCUGAAGUCCUUGCAGGUGAUGAUAUCUCUUGUAGGUAUUGUCAUACUAAGGAUCAGAUCGCAAAUGGCCUUACGAAGGUAAUAGUGCCAUGCGAAUGGGGUCACAUGUUGCAGCAGUUGUGCCUCGAACAGGGUCAGCCUGAGCAUGCUCUUGUUGUCGUCAAACCGUUCAUCGCGUCAGCAGAACGUUUCGCACUACAACUACCUCAACGCGUUUCCAAGCAAGAUCUUGUGCAGUUGUUGUCCUACCUACCGUAUGGUAAUGCUGAUCGUGCAGACGACAAGUCCCGUGCACAUGCAUUUACUGUAGGGGCCUUUUCACGCGGCACUCGCCUUGCGGGUGUAAGAUCAUUCACGCGCCAGUUCCCUCACACGUGUCGGGCACUGUGCAGAUACAUUUGUUCUAUUAGUCCAUGCCACACGUUUACCACCGUCACACUGUCUCAGGGCGUGCGAGCCCCAAUGCACCGUGAUUCGUGGAAUCGGCCAGGAUCUGUCAACCUGCUGUGCACCCUUACGCCUAACUCCGGUUCGGUUUGGUUGCAUGAUGCUCAGGGUGGUGACCUAGAUCCUUUGGGUUGGGGCCUAAAGGGCAUGUAUCUUACCAAUCCCUGCGUCUUUGAUCCGCGGAAAUGGCAUUGCACUACUCCUUGCCAAUCUGCCAAGCAGGAUAUGCGCGUUGUUGUAGUCGCAUUCACCGUUCGAGACCCAGAUGUGCUGUCCAGUGCAGAUGCGCAGUAUCUGCGUGAGCUUGGGUUUCACUUCUGA